AGCUAAGCCGCCACAGACCUCCGUCGUCAUGGUGAAGGGCCACCUAGGAUGCUGGCUCCUGGUCCUCUUCAUGGCCGCCUGGAGUGAUGUGGGCCUGUGCAAGAAGCGGCCGAAACCCGGCGGAAACUGGAACACUGGGGGGAGUCGGUACCCGGGCCAGGGCGGUCACGGGGGCAACCGCUACCCACCCCAGGGAGGCGGAGGCUGGGGUCAGCCCCAUGGGGGCGGAGGCUGGGGUCAGCCCCAUGCCGGUGGAGGCUGGGGUCAGCCCCACGGCGGAGGCUGGGGUCAGCCCCACGGUGGAGGCUGGGGCCAAGGUUCCCACAACCAGUGGAAUAAGCCCAGUAAGCCCAAGACCAACAUGAAGCACGUGGCCGGGGCGGCGGCGGCUGGGGCGGUCGUGGGGGGCCUGGGUGGCUACAUGCUGGGAAGCGCCAUGAGCCGGCCCCUCAUGCACUUCGGCAACGACUACGAGGACCGGUACUACCGCGAGAACAUGUACCGCUACCCCAACCAGGUGUACUACAAGCCGGUCGACCAGUACAGCAACCAGAACAACUUCGUGCACGACUGCGUGAACAUGACCGUUAAGCAGCAUACGGUCACCACCACCAGCAAGGGCGAGAACUUCACUGAGACCGACGUCAAGAUCAUGGAGCGCGUGGUGGAGCAGAUGUGCAUCACCCAGUACCGCGAGGCCGCCCAGGCCUCCUACAUGCAGGGGUACAAUGCGGCGGCCCUCUUCUCUUCCCCGCCCUUCCUCCUGCUCAUCUCCUUCCUCAUCUUCCUGAUUGUGGGAUGAGGAUGGCCCUCCUGCCCGCACCGACUUCAGCUUUUCUUCUCGCCAGGUUGGGGAGGGGGGGUCUACCUGCGGCCCUUGUAGUGAUGGUGUCUCAUUCUUGCUUCUCUCUUUGUCACCCGUAGGCUAAUAUCCUGGGGCCCCCAGUGGAGACUGGAAAAGGUAGAGUAGACCAGAAGGCCAGUUGUUCAAGCCCGCCAUUGGCUCUAGUCAUUGUCACACUGCGCCUGACUGGGCUGGGAAGGGUGUCACUGCAAAAUCGGUCGACCUAGGUCUAGGCUGAUCUAUAUAUACGUAUACAUAAAUAUAUAUAUAAAAUUUUGUUCUUUGUCUAGUGCAAUGGAUUGAGGUUUAAACCAUUCUCAGAACAGUGGUUGAGUCCCUUUGCCUAAAUCUCUCCAGCUCCUUCCCCAGCUAGAGCCUCACACACUUAACCCCCCACCUUAGCAGUCAUUCCAGAACCCUUUGGAGACAUUUUCUCAUGCAUUUGAAGAGAAGCGAAUGGCGUUUCCCUGUUCAAGCCACAGUUUCCGCCAAAGUUGGAAGGAGGCCACAUGAUACUCACUCAGAAACUCAGUUUACCUUAGCUUGGUGGCACCAGGCUGUCCUGGGACUACCGGAGAGGGGAGGGGGGGGGGUGUCUGCAGAGAACUGCGGCGGCGUCUUGCAGCUUCUCUGCAGACUUCGCAGCAGCCACUGUAUCAAGGGCCAUGCGUCCUGCAACCCAGACCUGUGGUCAGAGAAUAUUUCACAGGGAAUAAACAUAGCUCUGUAUAAUCUGGAAGCUUCCGGCAACCUACAACCCCACGUUUGGGAGUAGUGUCUGGAAGGCUAGCUCCUGUUUGGGAUCUGUAAAAAUCCCUCCAUGUGGCAUUCCUUUCUGGAGUCCUCUGAGUGAUAGAACUUCAAGGAGUAAACAUUCAAAAAUUAAACCACCAGCUGGAUACCAGGAGCAGCUUUCCUGCGUUCAUUUUCCUGGAAGCAGGGGCUGUGUGGAUGGGGUUCAGGAGAGGCUUAGCUGAGCUUAACUCAGGAGGCAGCAGCUAUGGAAACACCAUCACCAAAGGAGAAUUCUGUCCUAAAGGGAAUGAUUGAUGCACAAAGAAAAGCACGGCUUGCGUUUCUCCAUGGACAGUGUCAUGAUUGGCAAGAGUCAGAUUUGAAUUUGGGGUCAGGCCUCAUCCUUCAGUUCUGUAAUCGACCUUGGAAUCAACCAAUAGAGAGUCCAUCUCCUGUCCUCACUCCCCCCCAGAAAAGAGCAUAGGUUGGAGAUGACCGAAAUAGGUUCCAUUCUGAGUAAGAAAAGAAAUUUCGUUCAGUUAGGCACAGUUAUUUUCUGGAUCAUUCAAUAGUGUCACCUAGCAGAUACCUAUUCCUCUUCUGCAAUGUUAAUUGGCUUCUACUGUGUGGGUAUUCUCUGUAAAAUAUACAUACAUGUAUAUAUACGUACAUAUUUGCCUCUGACAAAUUUAGAAGUGUUGGUUCGCGCAGUCAACAUCUGACAUAGCUGCCGCAUUACCUGUUUUUGUAAGGUACUAAUAUUUAAUGGGAGAAUUCUGUUCUGUCCUUAGGCUUACAACGUGCACUGAAUAAUUUUGUAUAAGGAGCCAAAGUGGUCUUGGAACUACGCAUGUACUUUAUAUUUUCUAUAUUUGUAACUUUGCAUGUCCUGGUCUCAUUGUAUACACAUUUCUAGAUGUUUAAUAUCUGACUAAAAUUAAAUAGGCGCUAAGGUGAG